CUCAGAGGACUGACUCUGUCUCUUUCUGCACUUGUCUCUCCAGUCAAGGAGAAACUAAUUGGAGGAAAGAAUAAGCGAAAGGAACUUUUGAAACCUUGAGCGCAGCAAAAGUUUACUUCUCUGCAGCAUGCCUCAGAAAGAUUACAGAAGUCAACCCAGCUGGGAGACUGGCGUUGCCUCCAUGAUGCAAAACAGUCACAGUGGAGUAAACCAGCUUGGAGGUGUGUUUGUAAAUGGAAGACCUUUACCCGAUUCUACCAGGCAGAAGAUAGUAGAGCUUGCUCACAGCGGGGCUCGGCCAUGUGACAUAUCCAGAAUACUACAGGUGUCUAAUGGCUGCGUGAGUAAGAUCCUGGGUCGAUAUUAUGAGACAGGCUCAAUCCGUCCUCGGGCCAUAGGAGGGAGUAAACCCAGAGUGGCAACUCCAGAGGUGGUGGGGAAGAUUGCUCAGUACAAGAGAGAGUGUCCAUCCAUUUUUGCCUGGGAGAUUAGAGACCGACUACUGGCAGAAGGAGUCUGCACCAAUGACAAUAUACCCAGUGUUUCCUCAAUAAAUCGAGUGCUCAGGAACUUGGCCACUGACAAACAUCAAAUGGGGACCGGGGCCACUGAAGGAAUGUUUGACAAACUCAAGAUGCUUAACGUACAGGGCACCUGGGGAGAACGCUCAGGGUGGUAUGCUGGGACUACGAUCUUGAACACCGACUGCCCUCAGACAGAUGGAGCAGAGAACAACAUUUCAAACAGUUCCAACUGUGAUGAGUUAGAGGAGACUCAGAAGAGGCUUCAGCUGAAAAGGAAGCUGCAGAGGAACAGAACAUCUUUUACACAGGACCAGAUAGAAGCAUUAGAGAAAGAAUUUGAAAGGACACACUAUCCAGAUGUUUUUGCUCGUGAACGACUUGCCAAUAAAAUCGAUCUUCCUGAGGCAAGAAUACAGGUUUGGUUUUCAAACAGACGUGCGAAGUGGAGAAGAGAGGAGAAGUUAAGGAACCAACGUCGACAGGUGUUGAAUUCCUCCAACCAUAUCCCCAGCUUUAGCAGCAGUGCUUACUCAUCUCCACAUCAGCCUUCUGCACCAGUUUCCUUUUCUACAGGGUCCAUAAUGGGAAGAUCGGAUCCAGUUCUGUCCAGUAGCUAUAGUCUACCAGCAAUGCCAAGCUUCAGCAUGGCUGCCAGCCUGCCUAUGCAAGCAUCAAGCCAGGCCUCUUACUCCUGCAUGCUACCCAACAGCCCCACUGUAAAUGGUCGCAGUUAUCAGACAUAUACUCCUCCACAUAUGCAGCCACACAUCAGCAGCCAGUCUGUGACGUCCUCUACAACAUCAACAGGUCUGAUUUCUCCUGGCGUCUCAGUACCGGUGCAAGUUCCUGGAAGUGAAACAGAAAUGUCACAAUACUGGCCACGCUUGCAGUGACGUCAUGGCUCCCUGUAGUGACUUCAGGAAAAGGACUCUGGGACUCCUUGGUGGGAGAGCUGUCCAUCUCUGCUUGAAUGUCAGAGCAAAGCUGACCAAAGGCUAAAGCUUAGAAAAGGCAAAAAGACAGACUCUUUUUUUUUUUUUUUUUGCUUGCAAGUAAAUCCCCUGACUAUUAAUGCUCUUAAAACUGGAAGACUUUGGAUAUUGUUAUACAGCAAAAAUGUUCUGCUAAAAUUGGUUUGAGGUUUGUCUCUUGGUUGAGCAGCCCCCAAGAAGCACAGGAAGACGGACCACCCUUUGGUAACAGCCAACUUAAGGAAGAAAUAAAAAGGUUUCAGUCUACAUGGAUAUAUCAUUGGCAAACAUUUUACCUCUGAUGCCAUUUGAUAAUCUUUACAUACUGAUGAAUUUGUGGCAAGUGUUUCUGUCUGGAUAAAAAGACCCUAAGGAAACUGGGAAUGUACUGUCUGCUGUGUUUUGUUUUUUUCUUCAAAAGAUUCCAAAAAGCCUUGACCUCAGACAUGUACAGGAUUUUAAAAUAAACAUUCUUGUGAUAUAUGUUUGGUAUUGUACACCAUGACAUAUUUGUGAACGAGCAUGACAGAAUUUGAACUAAAACACUGUUGAUUUGAUUUUAAGGCUUCAAUGUCUAAAAGAUGUACACUAGUUUCCAAUUUCAAGAGUGAAAGUGUUUGUCCUAAGUGUUCUGGGAGGGUUUACAGAAUAAAGCUGUAACAAUUG